AUGCACCCCUCCUCCCAGGUAGUCACACUCUCUAGUGUUCUGGCGCUCUCUAACGACUCAAAACCCCUUGUUUGGAAGGAGUUCGGUAACUACUUGGACAAGAAGGUUGACAUAGUCACGACUUCCCAUAACGAUUCGGCCGUCACCCACCAUUUUAGAAGUGCUUCCGACGAGCUGCUUCUCUCGCAAGUGGUCAAAUAUCAGAUUUGUAACCUGUGCCAGCGACCAAUUGGCGAAAAGAGCCUUGCUUCCCAUUAUCCUCGUUGUGUGGAAAUGAAACUGCGUUCCAAUGAUGACCAUGGCAGUGCCAAUGGGUCCAAAAGAAAACGAGGAAGAAUGCCCAGAUUGCUCGAUGUAGAAGCUUCCCUGGCAGACCUGUCCACUACCGGCACCCCGAUGAACGGUACUCCAGCGCCAGGAACUCCCACCGGCUCUACAACUCCGGCGAGACCAAAGAAAAAGUACAAGAAGAGCCAGUCGCAAAAGGAGAAAGAAGCCGCCAACGCAGCAGCAGCAGCAGCAGCAGCGGCAGCCGGUGAUGGUCCUCGGCGUAAAAAGAUCACCAAGAGCAAAACCCAGGCGAAACUGAAGGGUCCCAUUGAUGUUGAACGUCAGUGUGGAGUGCCGUUACCGUCGGGUGGAUUCUGUGCUCGACUGCUUACUUGUAAAACCCACUCUAUGGGCGCCAAACGUGCGGUUCCCGGGCGGCUGGCUCCGUACGAUGUUCUUUUACAGCAGUACCAGAAACGAAACCAGGCGAAAAUGGCACAAACCAAUGCCUUGGCAGCCCAGCGACGUGAUGGACCUGGAAUGGAUUAUAUGGAUGAAGGUGGUGUAAGCCUGAGGGUCUUAGAUGCCGACGAAGAAACCCACUUGGUGCUCGAAGGACUCUCCAAGAAUUACCCUAUGCCUCUCGAACGAAAGGUAAUGGUACUGCAACGAUCGCGACAUCGGUUUUUGUACAUGCGAGAAGCCUAUGCCAAUGCACUAAUUACCUCUGGACUGCUGGGCGGCCAGAACGACUCUACCCUUGCCAACCAGGCUAUAUCUGGCUCCAUCGGUGGGUUACAGGGCCGGUGUGCAUUGGUCAAUGUCGAUAGAGGCAAUGGGCCCACUCAGUCGUUCGCACUGAUUCCUGGAGAAAUGUACCAAAUCAGAGCACCACUGCGGGCAAUUGGGCUUACCGCUCAGUAUAAUGUGAUGCAACAGCAGAUGUUCCAGCAGCAGGUGAUGAAGAUGCAGCAGAUGAUGAGGAAGAACGAGGCCAAGUGA